AUGAGUGUGGGUCUGGACGUGGUUGCACUUGCGCGGCAGCUCCGGGAUUUGAAUUUCGACGAGAGCACUAUCGUGCAGAUAUGCAAACAGGAGCGUGAGGAGCAUGAGCGCAAGGAGAAGGAGGAGCGUGAGCGCAAGGAGAAGGAGGAGCGUGAGCGCAAGGAGAAGGAGGAGCGUGAGCGCAAGGAGAAGCUGAAUGAAGUGCAUCACCUAGUCAACAGUGACUUUCUUCAGACCUAUCUGUCCAUUACAGGGCACACUUGGGUUCGAAAGGCGUCUCCAAGUGAGGCAGCAGGCUAUUUGCCUGAGAAGCCACCUUCCGAGACUCCAAGGAUUAGUGACAUCAACAGCAAUGACAAGAUCUUUGGCAUUGUGGUGCUGCCUCCGAGCUCUCAUUACUUGGCCCUUGAGAUCGUUCAGCAAGCUGAAGCGCUGUUGUCUCCUGAUGUCGUUCUGCCUCAAGAAGGCAUCCAUACCGAUUUGAUAUCCGCAUAUUCGUGCCUCAGCCACGUGCACGCGACCCUGAGGCACGAGCCUUACUUCUCGACGGUUAUUACACCGGCUUUGCACGAGCACUUUGUCACGACUGUAGUCAGCCCUGAGCAGGAACCAGUCAGGAAGGUCGUGCGCUUUUCACACCAGGCAUCAAUCGGCAGCGGCGCCACGCACGCUGACUGGGUGGGAGUUGACUCCCAGAGGCAUCCGGUCGUCAUGGGCGAGUGCAAAAUGGAACGCAAGCACUUUGACAACUUUGGUGGCCAAGUGGGCAACGAGGUUGUGCGGCUUGGCAUCCUGCCGACGAAAUACGAUAUGCGACAGGAAAGGCAACACCUGUUCUAUCCUCUCACCAACAUCAACGUGUGUAAGGACAUUGUGACCGCCUAUCUGGUCUUGCACGUGACGCGCCCAAAGGAGGUUGAGGUGGUCGCAGACAUGUUUGGCUUGCGCAAAGCAAAUAAGACAUACUUUCUGGCCUUUCUUCGACUUGGAUCCGCCAAAAUUUCGACCGACGCCAACGACCAGCGGGCUGUCUGGGCGCUUUUGACAGCCUGCAAGGAUUUUGUCACGAAUCGCCUGCCUGGUAUCAUCGAAGCCCGUCGUGGCAACAAGUUUCAGCUGCCAUCCGACUGCGAGCCCUUUCCCUGCCCGGAUCGGGGCAUGAAGGGUUGGACAUGUAGCGCCGCGUACGGGCCCAACGUGCAGGUUUACGAACGUCAGUCGGAGUCGUGGGUCAUCAAGCACUACGACUACUGGGGUCGCCGAUCUGGGGCUUUGAGCACAUGUUUGUAUCAGAUUGCUCCCACUGAUGUUCGCGAGCCGCCGUUCGAGGUGCUGAAAGCGCUUGGCGCGUUGGAAAAGACUGGCAAGUUUUACAAGGCGUGGGUGGUGGACACCCUCGCGGAGGGUGUGAAGCUCCUCCGAUACCCGCGGGUGAAGACAGCUCCAUGCGGCCGCAAUGCGCACAAACAGCUGGCCAGCGUUGUUGAGCAGGUGCAAGCGUUGCACAAUUUUGGCAUUGUGCACGGCGACAUCUUGCUCCGCAACAUACUUUUUUGCAACAGCUGGCAGCUGGAGGAUUGGAUGACCAAGUCGCCAGGCUGGAAGAUGGAAGAUCAAACCAACGACGAGGAUAAAACGCCAUCCCCAAGCCGAGCGCCCUCACAGAAUGCAGAAGUGGUUUCAACGGAAGUGGCCUCGGCGGAAAUGGCCUCGCCCUCAGAGGAAGCGGCCGCGACAACUGAAGAAGCGACAGCAGAGGAGCCGGUGGCUUUCCUGAUUGACUUUGACUUGAGUCGCCAUGAAGGCGAACCAUAUGUGUCUGGUUACAACUACACAGGCAAUCUCAAGCAUUACCGUCACCCUGAUGCUCGCCCAGAUGAGAAGAUCGAAAAGUCUCAUGAUGGCUAUGCAUUGGCUCGCGUGGCUGAGCGCAUUCUUGUGGCAAAUGGUGCCCGUGAGAAUCUGAUCAAGGCGUUGGAGGAUUUGCGAUUCGAUGAUGCGAUCAAAUUGUGCAAUGAGUGUACUGGCCUUCAAACAGUGGAAAUGGUCUUCUCGGCGUCGUCAGGUAGUCCACCGCGUGACAGGGUGUCAUUUGUCAUGGAGCUAAGACACGCUUUUGUUCGAGCUUUUGCCGUUUGCAGGGGAGGGGAGCUGUUUACAAAUAACAGGGCUGGUGUGUCAUAG